CCAGUCAGUAGGUGGCGGAAGUGCGCCGGCACUUCAUCCGCGCUCACCGUCGGUCAAACACAAAGAAGAAACAACUGUCUUAAGUGAGAGACUGGACGUGUGGUGAAGUCGGUAACUCCUAGAGUCACAGGGUAAAGAUGCAGACACCAGCGGAGUCAAUCCUCCACAGCGGCUAUUUCCACCCUACGCUCCGUUACUGGCAGACCUGCAUCGCCGAUUUAAGACCUGAUAAUCUCAUCUACCCCAUCUUCAUCACAGACAGUGCAGAUGCAGUGGAGCCCAUCGGCAGCCUGCCAGGACAGGCAAGGUACGGGGUGAACAAGCUGGAGGGCAUGUUGCAGCCACUUGUGAAGAAUGGCUUGAAAUGUGUGCUGAUUUUUGGUGUCCCUGCAAAAGUAGAGAAGGACGACAGGGGUUCAGGUGCCGACACAGACGACACGCCGGCUGUGCUGGCAGUGAAGAAGAUCAGGUCCUUGUUCCCCGAGUUGCUGGUGGCGUGUGACGUCUGCUUGUGUCCCUACACAUCACAUGGACACUGUGGAAUCCUGAAUGAUGACGGUACGCUGAACAAUGACGCCAGCUGUCUGCGCUUGGGAGAAGUGGCGCUGGCCUACGCUCAAGCUGGCUGUCACAUCAUCGCUCCCUCUGAUAUGAUGGAUGGAAGAGUCAGGGCCAUAAAACAAGCACUGAUAUCAAAUGGUCUGGGAAACAAGGUUUCAGUGCUAAGCUACAGUGCAAAGUUUGCCUCUUGCUAUUAUGGUCCUUUCAGAGAUGCUGCACAGUCCAAACCUGCGUUUGGGGACAGGCGCUGUUAUCAGCUGCCUCCUGGAGCCAGAGGACUCGCCAUUCGAGCUGUGGAGCGAGACGUGAAAGAAGGAGCUGAUAUGCUGAUGGUGAAACCAGGUCUGCCGUAUCUGGAUAUUGUGAGAGAAGUCAAGGACAAGUUCCCUUCUCACCCCCUGGCGGUGUACAACGUGUCGGGGGAGUUUGCCAUGAUGUGGCACGGAGCACAGGCUGGAGCCUUCGACCUGCGGGCCGCCGUGAUGGAAGCCAUGACCGCCUUCCGCCGGGCAGGUGCUGACAUCAUCAUCACCUACUACACACCUCAGCUGCUCGGCUGGCUGAAGGAGUAAAGAAAGAAGAUCUGAGGCCAAAACAGUGGACGGACCUAGAGACAGACCAACAGACUGCUGUUGACUCAGUCCUGCUAACAAAGAAUGCUUAGGGAGAAGAGAUGUAUGAAAACAACCGAUCUGUCGAUAUUAAGCUGUUUUUCUUGACUAUUUCUGUUCAGUGAUUAUUUUUAUAGAGAUUCCUGUUAUAAAGUUAUAUUUCUGUUGAAGCUUUUAAAGGGCUAACAUGGGGCUGAACACUGACAAUGUAAAAACUGACAAUCUUGUUGGUGUGUCGUUGGGAUCAGCAUUAAAUCAAUUCUGUCAUCUCUCCGCACUAACCUGAUGAUGUAAUGUAUAUUUGUGUGAAUCAUGGCUACAUGGAUUUCCGAUGUAUUGUGUGACUGCUGCCUCGGAUUAAGCACUGUCAUUUCCCAACAUGCUCUUAACGAUGAGAGGAAAUAAAAUCAUUCAUCCGGAGUUCCAGAG